CCUACCCCAUGCAAGAAGAGGAGACAAAUUGUUGGACGUAAGAUCCUCGAUUCAACUCCACAGAUGCCAGAUCAGUGAAAAUCCAAGCUAAUCCCGUCGAUUUGUGGUCGGUUCUCCAAGAGGCGUCGGUGUUGCAGUAGAUCUCAUGUUCGAUGAGGGCAUAUGGUUGUGGAGGAAAAGGAAUCAUAGGGCGUGGGGAAGAGUGAAACGAUUGGGCAGAUUCCCAUUCUUUGAGUGCUAAAAUUGCUUUAAGAAAAGUUUCAUGGGGGAUUGGGAUCGACUGUCGAAGAUGAGUUGGUUCCUUGAAUUCCAUAGUGUCCAACAGAUCCAAGGGAAGGUGUUUCCAGUGAAGCCAUAUGGUGAGAGAGGAGUCAACGCUAGGGAUUCACAGAGAAUAUCAAAAAAACUCGAGGCUUGAAAGGCGUUUAACGGGGAGUUCCACGGACCUUGGCUCCACACAUCUUUGGCGAAUUGGCAAUGGAAGAGAAUGUGAGAGAUAGAUUUUUCUUCUCCGCAUCUAGGACAGUUUGUGUUGGAUAAAAUGCCUCUCAUGCGAAGGUUAUCGCCUGUUGGGAAAGCUUGGUUUCCCACUUUCCAAAGAAAGAACUUCUGUUUUGGUGAAAGGGGAGGAUUCCAAAUAAGUUGCUUCCAGUUACGUGUAUUCCCUGUCAAGAGUCUUUGAAUCGAUUGGUAUUUUUGUUAUUGGAUGGAGUAGUAACCUGAUUUUGCUGUGUACAUUCCAGAUUUGUUGAGGGGCCAGAUGAAGGAGUCUCGAGCGCUUAGGACAAUUGGUCUUAGCGUCAUGAUCAUCGAGGAGAGCUCAGGUAAUAAAUUAUCAAUAAGAGCUUUGUUUCACUCUUUAGUUUUUUGGUGAGAAUGUCUGAUACCAUUAAAUCUUUAUAUUUUAUUGAUACAGGACCAAAAAGUUUGAUGUUAGCUUCAGGACAUAUCCAGAAAUCAGACCAAAGGGAAGUGGUCUCACCAUUACCCACUGCUUUACUCAAGUGGUUCAGUAGGAGGUCUCGGCCUAGCAGAAUACUUCUCUACCCAUGUGAGGUGGUCGUUGGAGUCUUGAAUUUUAAAAAGGAGGUUUUGCUGUAGUAUUUUCCAGCAAAAUUUUAGCUAAAAGACUAUAUGGGUUCGUGAUUAGCCUCCAUUCUAUUUUUACCGUCUAAAACAUAAAAAAAAAAUUAUAUUCAUAAUUUAUUAUAUCAAUUUUUGAUAUUUUAAAAUUUUAUAUAAAUUUUUGUACCUAUAAUUAGUAUUUCUGAGUUUUAGCCCAAAAAUAAAACACAGGUUACAUAUUUUCCACUGUAAUACAGUAAUAAAUUAAUAAUAAUGAAUUCUAAAUAUUAUAAUAAUGGUUAAUCGUCUUAUCAAUUUAUCUUUACUCUGAUGGUUAAGAUUAGCUGAUGAAAAAAAAAAGAUUAGCUAAAAUAUUCUAAUUUAUUUGAUAUUGAUGGGCGAUCAAUAUAAGUUUAAUAAAAGAAUUUGUUUUGUCACGUAAGAAUUAAUAAAUGAAUCAUACAUGAAUUCGUCUAAUUCUAAACCAAACCAACGGUUCGUUACACUUACAAGUUACAACUUCCGGCACGUUUUCCUUACGGCUGCAGCGAAAUGUAAACAGAAAAUAAAAUUUGAAAAGAAAGAGAAAAAAGGUUGACGGCGACGUUAGUGGAAGGCGUUAACGAAUUGUCCUCAUCAAAUCGUCGGGUCCCGAAAGUACUACUAUUUACGAUAUUGGUGGUGGCAUUUUCGUUAUUAAAUACAUAACCAAGGGUGUUACACAAGCCAUAGUCCGCGUCGGCUGAUGGCCGUUUAUAAAUGCAAUAGUGGAACCCAUUUGCCACUAGUUACCAGUCGAACUUGUAUUCUGUAAAUCGACGAAUACUUAUCCCCGACAGAGUUUUUGGCACGUGAAAAAUCUGUUCUGUGACUGGAUGCAACCACGUGUCAAAAUCUUACGGUAGACCCAUAUCGGUCCAUGAUCUGAGUUUUUCCCCUUUUUAAUUUUAAAAUUUUUAAAAAGGCUUCAACUAUUUCCAAAAUUAUUGUUUUCUUUAAACUGGGACUCUCUUUAGGUUGAGGAUCAGCUCUUAUAUGACGCUUAUAUGACGUAAUGUAAAACAAUCUUUCCAACGUAAAUCGAAUUAAGAGCACAAAAGAAUCAAUUUCUUGUAAGAAACCACUAAUUGUUGCUAAAAGUGAACGUUUUUUCACCAUAGCACAACCGUGCAUUAGUUACAAUUUCACUAGUAUAUCAAGAGUGUAAUGAGAUAUCUGAAUAAUUGACAUGUAGACCUUUCUGUUUGAUGUAUGUGUUUUUGAGAAAAUUCAACUGCUCAAGAGUUUUGCUUAGUCCUAAAUCCUAAUAUGUUUUUUUUUUUUUGCUCAAUUAAGGUUAUCCUACGACAAAGUUAAAUUUUAGUCGUUUUGUUUAAUGAAGGUGUGCGUUGAAUUUUCGUUAAAAUAAGUUCCAGCACCAACAACAAGAAACUAAAGAAUUUAACAUGUAUGAGACGUCAAAAUAUCAUAUAACAAAUGUCGUAGACGAUAGUGCCAAGAAGAAUAAAAUCAUAUUCAACACAACUUGCAAGAUUUUUUAAUGAGAAUACAAUACCUUGAACUUUGAAGAGUAUACCAUAUAAUGCACAUCUACAGUUGAACAACAUCUCGAGUCUAUAUAUAAUAAUAUAUACAUAAACAUAAUAUAUGUUUUUAGUGAUGCAAUGCAAUAUAGAAGCAUUCAAGCAGUGCUUCUUUUGCUACACAAGACCAUAGCAAUAUUUUACAUGACGAUCCCUAUCUAUGUUACACUCCUGUAGCUAAGGUAAUCCAAAAAUAAAUAAAAUGACUGCAGAUCGUAUAAUAUACAAAUUUAUGUGAUGUCUGAUAAGCAAUGUUUGUAAAUGUUACCAUUGGUCCAUUUGACGUUUCAUUCAUAUAUAGCUACGUCAUUCAUAUACGUUGCAAAUGGUUAUAUGUUGAAAUAUAAUGUAAACAGUCAUUUGCAUUAAUGUGUGACGGCGAAAUAGAGCUUUGCGUUUCCAUCGUUAGUUCGUUACCCAAUGGAAGUAGGUCCGUUACAAACUUUUUUUUCUUUUUGCAAAAAUGUCCGUUACAAACUUACAACUAGUGAUAAAGCAAACCGAAUCUGACACCGACAGAUACUUUGAAUGUGAACAACAAAAAAUUGGAACUUCUUCACAGGCUUCAUACGGAAUGUUAGAAACGAAAAGCAUGUUUUUGAAACACAUUCUGGUCCCGAGUAUUCAUUGAACAAGUUAUUUAUUUAAAUUUUGUUUUAAAAAUACAAUCUGGGCACUAAAUAUUUAGCAUUUUGAAAUGCACGUAUAACAAAACUAUUAUUUACACAAAUGCAAGUUCUCCAAAAAAGUUAAAAAAAAAAUAAUUGUAAAACCAAACUUCAAUAUGAUUAUAGUUUCUUAGAUCAAGUUUGGGCUUGGACACUAACAUCAAAUGGUAGCCAUAUGGGCUACUAAAAUGCAUAGGCAUCUAGUAUUCGUAAUUGCUUUUGCCAUUCUCAAUUUUGACUCUUUCAACGACCAUUCGCGCCAUAAGCUCUUUAUCCCCUCUCAUUCAAUGGAUUACAAAUGACAAAGAAAAAGAAAAGACAGAGCGAGAAACAAGACAGGAACAAAGAAAAUUAGUAAAUCACAUCAGCAAAAAAAAAAGGAGAACUAUUUUGGUUAUUACGGAAAAAAUUAAACAACUUUUUUAGAAUUCCGGCGGCCUAGCACCUGUUAAGUAAAUGGCCGUGGCCUGGCUAAUUUGGCCGCUCAUGCUAUCUCUCACAGCACUUUCUGCUAACUCGUUAACCGAAGCAGAAGCAUUGCUGAAAUUCAAGGAAUCACUAACAAACACCAAGUCUCUCGAUUCUUGGACAUUAGAUUCAGAACCUUGCGGAGGAACACAACGAUGGUUCGGAUUGCUAUGCAACAAAAACUCUGUUUUUGGUCUCCAAAUCGAACAAUUGGGUCUCACAGGAAACAUUGACGUUGCACCCUUAGUCGACCUACCCGGUUUACGCACCAUAAGCAUAAUGAACAACUCCUUCUCCGGUAAAAUACCAGAGUUUAACCGAUUAACCGCUCUGAAAUCGAUUUACUUAUCAAACAAUCGGUUUUCUGGUGAUAUCCCUCCUGAUUAUUUCACAAGAAUGCUUUCCCUUAAGAAAUUGUGGCUGUCGAACAACGAGUUCUCAGGCCACAUCCCUCUCUCGCUGGCCACUACAUUACCAAAACUGAUGGAGCUACACCUCGAAAACAAUCAAUUCACUGGGAUAAUACCGAAUUUCACCCAACCGGGUUUAGCUGAUGUCAAUCUCUCAAACAAUCGGCUAACCGGAGAAAUCCCACCCGGUUUGUCAAGAUUCAAGGCGAGCAGUUUCGCGGGAAAUUCUGACCUUUGUGGUGCAGAGCUAGCAACAACUUGCACGCAGCCGGGAAUUUCGACUGCAUCGAUCUCAGCAGACGGAGACAAGAAAGAUGAGUACAAGAGCAAAUACUACAUAGCAUUCGGUACCCUAGGCAUCCUUUUAAUCCUUAUCAUAUUCUUCUUAUUCUUCCUAAAGAAGAGGAGGACGAGUAUGCUUCGUACCUCUGAACAAGACAACAACGAGGAUCAACAAAUUCAGGUAACUGUUGACGGAUCAAGAACUGGAGCGUCGAAGCAUGGUACGCCGAGUAGUUUCCGCGAACUGAGGACAGAUUUGGUGAUGGUGAACAAAGAAAAAGGUGUUUUCGAUUUAGACGAGUUACUAAAAUCAUCAGCUCACGUCCUCGGAGCUCCCAACGGCCAGCCUAACAGCGGGGGAAGCGUGGGAUCCGCGUACAAGGCGGUGAUCGCGAGCGGAGUCAAGGUGGUAGUGAAGCGAGUGACAGUGAUGAAUGAAGUGAGUAUAGGCGUAUUCGCACAAGAGAUCAAAAACCUAGGAAGCUUGCGUCACAAGAACAUACUAACGCCCCUGGCUUACCAUUCCAGGCGAGACGAGAAGCUACUAGUAUUCGAAUUCAUCCCUAAUCUAAGCUUGCUUCACCGAUUACGCAGCGAUCAAAGCGAGGAGGAUUCGCAACUAAACUGGCCUUCACGGUUUAAAAUCAUUCAAGGAAUCGCGAGAGGGAUGUGUUACCUCCACAGAGAGUUAUCGUUUCUAACCUUACCUCACGGAAACCUAAAAUCGAGCAACGUAUUCCUCGCCGAAGACGGCGAGCCGCUGAUCUCCGAGUUCGGUCUCCAGAGAUUGAUCAACCCCGACGCUCAAUCCCAAUCCCUCGCCGCGUAUAGCUCUCGCGACGCAACCGUCUCUGCGAAAUCCGACGUUUAUAGUUUCGGAGCCGUGGUGUUUGAGAUCUUGACGGGGAAGUUCCCGACGCAAUACGGGGGAUUGGAUCCGGCCGGUGGCGGGAAUCUGGCGGAGUGGAUUGGCGCCGACGUGGAUCUGCUGCAUCCGACGGUUGUAACUGCCGCUCGCGGUGAUAAAAUGGCGUGGGAUGAGAUAGAGAAUGUUUUGCGGAUCGGUGUGAGGUGUAUCGGAGAAGAUCCAGAUCGGCGACCGAGUAUGAUUGAAGUCGUUGAGGAACUAACGAUGGAUGAUUCUAGCGACGACUUCAUUUCUAUAGAAACUUAGCUUCACCGUUGAUUCUGGGAUUCGAUGAAUUCCAACCGUUAGAUUCAUGUAGCACCAUUUUUUUUGUUUUCAUUCUCUUUUCUUUAAAUUUAUAUAUGAUGAAAAAAAUAGCCGAGGUUUACUUGUAACAAAAGUUUGUUUUAACGUUUUGGGCAUAUAUGUGAUGGAUGCUCGAUGUAGUUUUUUUUUGUACGCUAAUAGUAUACAAACAAAAAAUAAUAGCAUGACAAAGGUGAAUAUUAACUUGUAUUGCCUGGACCAAGGUCAAUGUAUUUGAAAAAAAAAUUCAGCUAAUUUGAUUCCUAAUACAAUAUAUAUUACCAUGUAAUAAGGUUAAAUACAAUACAUACAUGAAGUCCAAAUAGUUUUGGCAAUGAUCAUAAUCAAGUUAAAUGAAAGUGUAACACCGCCACGGAUUGACAAUGUGAUUUUCUGUGCAUUUGCAUGUUAACAACAUAUGUUCUGCAGUCUGCAGAAAACUAAGCCAAAUAUUGCCAUGGAUUUUUUUUUGUGCUCUAUUUAUUAUAAACGAUUAGCCAUGGAUUUUUUUUAUGUUUUUCGUCUUUUCAGCUCUCCAUUGCUUACAGACACUGGAAGACAAUGUCAAGACGAAGCUACAUUAGUGUCGCCACGAGAAACAAUUUGUUCUUUGCUCCUUUUCGAAAGCUAUAUGCUUAAUUCGAAAAUGUUGAUUUUAUAAAUCCCUGGAGUACAUUUACCGUGAUGUGUUCACUUACGUGCUGCCUCUUUUAUUUUAAAGUGUUCCAAAUGAAAUAUUUAAGUAUUCCAAUUUAAGUUUAGUGUAAAAUCAUCUUAACCAUUAGUGAUACCAUUGAAAAUGUAUGUUCCCAGUAGUUCUAGUAAUAAAAAGGUGUUCUUAAAUGAAAGCUGAGAGAGAAUGUGUAGCCGUCGGCAAAAAGACAAUGUGUAAAUAAGAUACCAAAUCAAUACUGUAUUAUUUUUUCAAAUUGCUACUUCUUUUCAAAUUACUCCAAGAUUUUUUUUUUGUUAGCUUUCUAGGGAUUUCUAAAAUCAACAUUUAAGAGGAUAAUUAUUUUAUAACUAGUCAUUGACUAAAAUUAAAAACGAAAUAGUAAAUUGUUAACAAAUAAAUGAAAACCUAACGGUGGGCAUUUAAAAUUAACGUUUUCCACUCAUUUUUAACUGUUGAUUAUUUUAAUCGUAAUUAUUAGAAUAUACGGAUAUAA